AUGCCCCACCCAGAAUUCAGUCCAAUCGCCCCUCCAUCCUUAAUCGUCGUAACAGGCGCCAAUGGUUUCGUUGCCUCCCACACAAUCCAAGUCCUCCUUCGUGCAGGUUUCCGAGUUCUCGCGACAGUCCGAUCAGAAAGCAAAGCAGAGGUGGUGCAGAAGACACACACGCAGCUUUCGCCGAAUGCAUCAAACCUUCUCUUGACGACUGUCAUCCCAGACAUCACCGAUCCAGAAGCAUACACCGCACUUUUCAACACCACGCAGCCCGUUGCCGUCCUGCACAUGGCAAGUCCGUUCGGCUACACCUCGACAGAUUGUGAGCGGGACUUGCUCCAACCGGCUGUCAGAGGCACCGAAGCCGUCUUGAAAGCCGCGGCGUCAACAUCAUCGGUGCGCAGGGUCGUCCAUACCAACAGCUUCGCAUGCAUAUACGACGCCAGCUUGGGACCUCGGCCAGGAUAUACAUACACGUCCAAGGAUUGGUGUCCCUUGACGUACGAGGACGGUGUGAGUGCGGCAAAUACGGCGGUGGCAUAUCGCGCCAGCAAGGCCGUCGCGGAGAAGACGGCUUGGGCGUUGGUGGAAACACUGGCUUGUGUCUUUGAGCUCGUUAGCCUAUGCCCGGCCAUGGUCUUUGGGCCGUUCCUGGAAACGCCGCACUCGCUUCCAUCAAGCCUGCAGGAGCUGAACACCAGUAAUCGAAUGAUCUGGGACGUCGUGAGCGCCGGCGAAGACAACCCUGUGCCGCCGACGAAGGGCCCAGUGUGGAUCGAUGUGCGCGAUGUCGCAGAUGCACAUGUGAGAGCUCUGACGAUGCCGGAAAUGCGUGGGCGGCGCCUCCUGCUUGCCAAAGGGACGUACUGUAACCAGGAGAUUGCGGACGUGGCGCGUGAGUUGGCAGGAAAGCAGUCCCAUCGCAUCCCGAUAGGAAAUCCUGGAUCCAGAGAGUCGGCCACACAUUUCGCUGUAGAUGCAAGCCGCGAGGAGAUGGAGCUGGGAGGGAAAUGGAGAGGAUUGCGAGAGUCGCUUGAGGAAUUAGUCCCACAGUUGUAUCGGAUCGAGGCAGCAAUGGACGGUGACGUGAUUUCGGACACGUAA